UUUUGCCUGCUUUCUGCUUGUUACCCAGCCGAGUUAACCCCACAUUUGUGUUUACCUCAACCCCGCCGCCUGGGGCAGUUUCGAGGUUGCGGUGGUGCCUUUGCAAAGCUGGGGCGGGCACGGAGCCCUCCUGUUAUUUAUGGAGAGGAGGGAUGGAAGGGAGAACUGGGGCGGGCACGGAGCCCUCCCGUUAUUUAUGGAGAGGAGGAAUGGAAGGGAGAGCUGCCUGACACAUCGCAGCCUGGCCCACGCGUCCCUGUGGUCCUUGUGGCUUUGGGGCUGGGCUGAAGUCAGAGCCUGGCCCCGGCCCCGCCUUUCUCCUCUCUUUAAAGCUUGUUAAAGCAGUCGGUGUCAGUUUGCUGCUCCACUGCUUCCCCUUUGGGCUCCUUGAGGAAGGAGAAGGCGCUUCAUGUCUUGGCGUGAGCUCCUUCCCCCCUGGCUGGUGAUCGUGGCGGGACUGACGGGCAUCGUGCUGCUCUGUGUCUCCACCAAAGAUGUGCCCGUGGCCCCUCUCAGGACCAAGUAUGGCAUCGUUCUGGAUGCUGGCCCGUCCCGCACCAUCCUCUUCAUCUACCAGUGGACAGCCACCAAGGCAAACAAGACCGGGGUGAUCAGGGGAUGCAGUUCCUGCCCUGUGCAAGGUCUGGGAGUCUCCAACUACUCAGAUUCUCCUCAGAAAGCAGGGAAGAGCUUGGAGCCAUGUUUGAACUGGGCCCAGAAGGAGAUCCCAGCAGAGCAGCACAGCCAAACCCCGCUGUACGUGGGAGCCACCACCAGCACGAGGCACCUGAACCUCGCCCAUCCCACCCUCUCUGAUGAUCUCCUUGCAUCCCUGACUGUGGCCCUGAAGUCAUCCCCCUUCAGCUUUCAGGGGGCACAGAUCCUGUCCAGCCCAGAUGAGGAAGCAUUCAACUGGGUUGCUGUGAACUAUGUCCUGGAGAACUUCUUCAAGUACGACUGGCGAGGGCAGCUGGUGCCCUCCGGGAAGGGGAUGGCAGGAGUCCUGUCCAUGGGAGGAACCUCAGCACGGCUCACAUCCCAGCUGGAAGAGGAGAACCAGGUCCCAAAGGAGGGAGUGAGGCUGCAGCUGUAUGGGCAGAUGCACAGGGUGUACACUCAUCAGUGCCCCUGCCAUGGCACCGACCAGCUCCACAGGAGGCUGCUCUCCCUGCUCAUCCAGGAGCAGAGAAGUGCUAAAACUAUGUCUAAUCCCUGCUGGCCCCUCUUCUACUCCCGGGAAGUGCAGUGGCAGUCAGUGCAUGCUGGGCCUUGUGCUGUCAGUGGUGACACAUGGGACACCCCUGGCCCCAAGGAGGUCUUCAACAUCACGGGCUCCAGCAAUCCCACCGCCUGCAUGAGACUUGUGCAAAGGCUGCUCAACUCCUCCUCUUCCUGCAGCUUCUCCAAGCAUUCCCUCAGCAGUGUUCUCCAGCCCCUCCGGACCAGGUUUCUGGUGAUUUCUGAGGCCAUGGACUUCAUGAGAGAAACUGUUCCCUCUCCUGACUUGGGCCAGGCUGUCAGGAGGCUGUGUGGGAUGUCCCUCAAAGAGCUGGUUAGGGAGUCCCAAGCAAGCCAGGAUACACUUGCUGAGUACUGUGCUGUGUCUGCCUUCAUCUUCCAUCUCAGUACAAAGGGGUACACACUCGACGUUGACCGGCCUGCUUGGACUGCGUUCCAGAAGAAGAUGGGUGACAGAUCAUCUGGCUGGACUCUUGGGUACCUGCUGAGCCUGACCAACACCAUCCCCCAGGACAGCCCAAGCAUCCUCAAGGGGAUUGAACCAGGGGUGUGGUCGCUGCUCCUGAUCCUCUUCGUGGUGCUGCUCACUGGCUCGUUCAUGCGCAUCUCGUACCGGGUGAUGGCCAAGGAGAACACCCUCAGCAACAGGAACAGCAGCGUUUUUGAUGACAACUGACACUUCUGUGGCUCUCAAGACUCUUGCCAGAGCACAGUCAACAGGGUCCAGACAGAAACCACAGAGGUGUAAGUCACUGGAGGAUGGAAGUGAUUUCCCUGCAGGACUCCCAGAACCUUGAUGCCUUAUUUCAACUUGCUGGCACUUGCACUACUGUACUUUGAGACAAUGGAUCCUGCUCCACAGGAAACCUGGGAUUCCCAGUGGAUGGCAAGCUAUUCAUCCUCCAAACAAGAACAGCCUGCAUGGCUCUUCCUUGGGCUACAGCUGGGAUCGCUCAUGUCAGGCACGAGGCGAUGCCUCUGAGCAGGCAGGCCCUGAGCUAUUGUGGAGUGAGUACUGAAUAAUCCUGUCAAAUCAGGAGAGCUGGUGUCUGACAAAGAGUGCUCUGUCUUCUCCUCAAGAGAUGAUACCUGUAGUAUUGCCACUAGUGAAGACUGGAAGAGCACUAAGAUAUAGUCAGAAUGUAACAGCCAACUUGCUUCCAUGUUCUAGGGAAAGUGCAGGUAUUUCCUGCCUGCCACUGCUGACCUGCCUGUGCUUCCAUUUCAGUGACAGUAUCCAGUGAAUGCUCAUUCAAAACCAAUGCUCUUUAAUCUUGGUCUCUACAGAGCAUCAAAGGAGAAACAAAGGGCACAG